AAACGUGAUACAAGCAGGCAACCGCGGGACGCUUCUGCGAAUGCGAUAUGAAUCGCUCCUUUGCUGAUUUCGUUGACGUUUGAGCUGUUUUCUGUCGAGUUUCUUGAGUUCUGGUCAAUUAAAUGUGAUUUCGAAUGAGCCCAAAUGUUUCUAAAGCCUGUCACCCCUUUGCUGUGCACGACAGUCAUACUUGCGGUACUACAGCUGACCUCGGCUGGAAAUGUGGCAGUCAGAAUUGUUAGGGAGACUGCGCCUUAUGGCAUAUUUGGAAGCAACUUCCAACUGAAUCCACGCGACCAAGUCCUUGUGGCAAAGUCAAAACCCGAAAAAUUCGCCGGACCAUCACAUCUGAAGCGCCUGCUUGGAAAAUGCUUCAACUUUUCAACUUCAGACUACCGUUACACCCUCUGCCCUUUUCAAAACAUCACGCAAGUUGAAGACUCUUAUCGCUGGAAUGCGUACAAGGGGGUACUGGGCGUGUGGCAAGGUUGGACAAUUACCAACGGUACGUUUGCAUCGAUGAUCUAUGCUGAAGGCGACUCCUGCGGAGCCAGCAAGCGUUCGGUUCAAGUAACAUUAACAUGCGGAAACCACAGUUCUCUCCUCAACGUCAGCGAGCCGGAACGAUGUAAAUAUGCCGCAGCAUUUGCGACUCCCUUAGUGUGCAGGGACGAUGCGUUGCUCGUGUACCCGAGGCUGAAUGCUACAUUGAGGCAACGUUGGAACGACGUCGAGAGCCAGCGUUUCAAUGACGAGCUCACGCAAAAGGGCUAUGAGAAAGAACUGAACAACAUCUUCCAAGAGGCUGGAUUUCUCAAGCUACCAAAAGAAGAGUCGAUUGUAGCCAAGCCUCAAGCCGCGAGUGACAGCACCAAUGAUACUGGAAGAGCUCCAACACGGUUGACAGACAUUGCCGUCUGCAACGCGGAGUACGAGCAACUGCGUGCCGAAGUCGCAAGUCUUCGGAUGUCAUUAGAAAUGUACCAAAGGAGCUCAACGUUGCCGUCAAUGCCGCCACCUUCUUGAAACAUGGCGACCACCAACGGUCACAAGCUUGUGAUAUGCGCUAAUGCUCAGACUAGUUAGUAUAUUGAGGAAAGUCAUAAAGCCUUAUGUCACAAUGCCAAGCACAGCUGGGAGUGCCCUAUGACGGCGUCGCUUACAACCGCAAGACAGUCUUCGCUGUACAAGAACAACUUUAUUGCCAAAGAAAUAAAAAAAAAAGUUUUCAUAAAACGUCA